AUGAGAAUUUCUUCAAUCGCUUUAUUAGCUUCAACCGUUUUAGCUUCAACCGUUGUAGCAGCUCCAGCUCCAGCUUCAUCUUCAGAAGACGCUGCUCCAACUACAACAGAAGCUCCACUUACAACUGAUGUUCCAACUACAACCGAAGCUGAGACUACUGAACCUGAACUUCAAAUUACCAAUUCUAAAUAUUUCGUUGAUGUUGAUAAUCACAUCGUCGAUGGAUUCGGUGUUCCAUUAUAUUCAACUCAAACAGCGCUUUAUGAUGGUGCUGAACGUGCUAGUUUCUUUUUAAUGAGUUUAAGUUAUACUUAUUAUGAAGGUGGUGGAGGUAAUGAAGAAUAUGUUACUGUUUCAUUUUUAGGUGAUACUGGACAUACCGGUGGACCUGAUACCGGUUAUACUGUUAGUGCAGAGACAACUCCAAUUACAACUACUACUCCACUUACAACUGAAGCUCCAACUACAACCGAGGCUACGACUACUGAACCACAAACUAUUAAUUCUAAAUAUCAGGUUGAUGUUGAUAAUCAUAUUGUUGAACCUUGGGAUCUUCCAUUAUAUUCAACUCAAACAGAGCUUUAUGAUGAUGAUGAACGUGCUAGUUUCUUUUUAAUGAGUUUAAGUUAUACUCUUGAUUCUAAUGAAGAGGGACAAUAUGGUGGUAAAGCAGAUUACGUUACUGUUUCAUUUUUAGGUGAUACUGGACAUACCGGUGGACCUGAUACCGGUUAUACUGUUAGUGAAGAAACAACUCCGGUUACUGAAGAAUCUACCUCUGCACCAACUUUGAAUAUUGCUCCAUCUACUUCAACUCCUGAAUCUAUUCCAUCAUCAUUAUCAUCAUCAGCUGCUAUUAAAUCAGGUUGGUCAAAUUCUACUGCUUCAGGCUCAGGUGCUUCAACCACUUCUGCUAAAGGUGGCUCUACUUUAGAAACUGCUGCUUCAACUUCAGGUUCAGGUGCUAUAACCACUUCUGCUAAAGGUGGCUCUACUUUAGAAACUGCCACUGCUAUUGAAUCAACCGUCGUCACAAUUACAUCAUGUAGUGAAGGUCAUUGUACUCCAAUUUCAACUUUCACCACUGGAUUAACAACAGUUACUGAAGAUUACACGACUUAUACUACUUAUUGUCCAUUAUCAACCGAAAUUGUACCAUCUACAACUGUAAUAACUGUUACUAGCUGUAGUGCAGGCCAUUGUACUCCAGUUUCAUCAUACACUACUGGAUACACUGUUGUUUCAAAGGAAGAAACAAUCUACACAACAUAUUGUCCAUUAACUGCUGUUCCAACUACUAUUUAUGAAUCUACUGCUCAUGGUGGUGAAGUUCAUACUUUUACAACUGGAUGGACCGUUAUUACACAUGGUGACGUUGAAUAUACUACCUAUUGUCCAUUAACUAUUCCAACCACCGUUAUUGAAUCUACUGCUCAUGGUGGAGAAGUUUACACUUAUACUACUGGUUAUGCCGUUAUUACUGAAGCAGCUACUGAAUAUACUUCAUAUUGUCCACUUACAGCUACCGUUGCCGCUGAAUCAGCUUCCGGUACCCUUGUAACCGUUGGAUCUCAUGCUACUGCUGAAGCAUCAUCAGUUGCUACUUUAGAAGGUUCAGCCGCUAUCAAAUCAGUUUCAAUUUUAGCUACUUUAUUUGCUUUCAUUGGUAUUUUAAUCUAG